CUGCCUGUGUUUGUCUCGAGUUUAACAACGUUGGGAUUCCAAUGGAUUAUGAUCUGGAUGACUGGAAGAUAAUACUUGCCACAUGUGCUCUUAUACUUUGCAUGGUAUGGGACAUUGCAGUGGACGUAGCCAAGCAUUACUUCAAAGUAAGUUUAUUGAUCCCAACAAACCUCUUCGUUUUAAGUUCUCUUACAGUACAAAUUUUGGGCUAUGUGGAAAUUGAGAAAGUGAGUGUUUCUGGCUCGUCCACCGAAAAGGACUUGGAAUGGUUGGUUAAUAACCAGCUAAGAUUGGAUGCUGCCCGCCUCACAGCAUGUGUGUUUGUGGGAUGUAUUCUCCCUGGGAUGGCCAUGGCAGGCACCCAAGGUGGAUGGAGCAACAUAGCCGCCUUGUUUCUGAUUUUAUCCUUUCACACCGCUACAGAGAUUUAUGCAUUGCAGAACGUUAAAACCUCAAAAGUUGAAGCGGAAGCUGGCCAGUGGUUCGUGUCAUCUGGUGUGAUUCUCUUACUGGGAGUUUCAUCUCUGCUCCUUUUGUUAGGGACAGUCAUGUUGUCUGGUAAAUAUCAGCGGCAGUAUAUCAGUCGCGAUAUUUCUGAAAUUGAGUCUGAUGAAUUUGGAGAAUGGGAAGAAGAAGAGGAUCGUUGGGAAAAGUUUAGAAGUGAGGUGAUGAAGUUAUGGGUUUCAGCUCGUAGAUGGAAGACAGGGUAUUUUUUGUGGAGUUCAUUGUAUAGUCCUGGUGUAGGAAUGAUUGUUACUAUUUGUGUUGUCGUCAUGAUGGGUAAAGUGGCAUGCGGUUCAUUUCUUCAUAAUAAUGGAGGAGGUAAUCUCAUAUUUUAUCUUCAGUGCAUUUUUAUUUUACUGGGAUGGAUCCUCAUGCUCUUUAGAUGGUUCAAAGCGGCGCUCUUUUUUGCAAGUUCAAUUGACAAAAUGCUCUUCAUCCGAAUAAACAGAAUCUUCUUGGUGCCAGCUGCUGUUGUAGUGAAGCCGUUAUGCCCUAGGCUGGCAUACUUUAUAAUAAAUCCAGAAUUUAGGUUUGUUCAGAAUCUCUUCAAAUUUGACAAGAAGUCCGUAUUACAAAAUUCUGACUGGUCAAAAUAUCGGUCGAGGGAAGACAUAUGGUUUGUUGAUGAGGAUUUAAGAAGGGUUUUCGUUCUGGCCAAUAGAAACUCAUAUCACAGACUGAAGGUUAUCAUGGAUGAGAGUGGUAAAGUUGAAAAAAGUUGCAGAGGAUUGCUUUCUAUAAUGGGAAAUGGUAGGGUGUUUGAAGAGCAGAGUCUUCGGCCCCUGAGGAUUUGGAUGAAAACUAUAUCAGACAUAUUUAGUGAUAUUGCUGAUAUGGAGAUCGGUGUGGAUAUGAAAGAUGCGUUUGCAGCAUACAAAGAGACACAGGUUGUGCUAAAUUUUGUAGACUGUCCAAACAACAUAGUUAUGGACUUCUUCAACAUCUUUGGCACGUUAGAUUUCGAGAGGUUCGAGGAGAGUAUAGAUUGUGAAGGAAAAAUGUGGGAGCUGGAGGGAAAGUUGAAGCAGAGCUGGAGAUUAGAGCAUACAAGAAUACGCUCCAUGGAAAAUCCAUUUACAGCAGAGGAGCGGGAGAGAAUAGACAAUAAGCUUAGAGGUUUUAGUGGCUACUUCAGGACACAGUCCAACAGUGUGUUGGUCAGACUGGGUGAAUGUUCUUAUAACAAGGUGGAGGAGUUGAGUGAAAUGCUAAGCACAUUGGUGGGCCAUGUCAUUGUUUCUUGUUUAUUAGAAGCUCCGGAAUCGAUACUAAAAUAUGAAAAGCAGUGGACACAGAAUUUUCAUGAAGGGAAGAUUGAAAAAUCCAUUGAACUUGCAGGAAUGGUGAGUGCACUCCUAGAGAAGCUGGUCGAAAACGGAGACAUCCAUUCGGAAGAUGCAUCGGAGGGUGAUGAUUUGGAAGCUGCGAAUGGGCCUGGUGCUUGACAACACUCCUGCCUUUCAAAUUUACAUCAACUUUUUUCUGGAGAUCUAAAUUUGAUUAGGAUUUUUUUCAAUUAUUUGCUCGUUAUUACUAGUUUCUAAUAUCUAGUCAUGUAUCAAUGUAUAGUGAGACCGUUUUCUUUUCCCCUUCUUAAGUGAGCAUCUAAAUUUGUUUAAGAUUUUUAUAACUCACUUGGUAUUACUAAUUUCUAAUAUCGAGUGUUCUAUCAUUAUAUUUUACAAUUGUAUAUGUAUAGAGAUACCUACACAACAAUAAACUCUUAUUAAUCUUUU